GUGGUGUGACGUCACGGCAUCGCGAGAUGAGACUAGUGACGUCAGGAUUAGCCGUCCGACAGGAAUCCAGAAGCUGGAUGUUAACGGCGCUGCGGGACUUUUAAACAGUGAUCCGGGAUUGUAGCCUGUGUGAGGAACAUCGGGACUGUCCUGGCGGUCACAGCACCAUUGAAAUGAACGAAGAAGGAUUAUUUUAACCUAUCACUCGGCUACAAUCUUCGAUUAUUGUGUGGGAUCUGUGGCUCUUUAAUCCUAGAAUGUUCUGGUCCAUGUGUGUGCUACCAGUGGACUUUACAAAUAACAUGAAAUCUUUGAGGCCUUUGGGUGGACUGAGUGUGACUGUAGUCUUCAUUGCUUUGCUUCUUUGUCUGGUGGUGGCUGAAGCUGAGCACAUUCCAUUUGGUUACCAGAAAGAGAUUCCUGCCAAACAUCAAGGUCUCGACUCCAUGCUCUCCGAGUACGACGUCCUGUCUUUGUCCAGCAUUCAGCAACAUUCCCUGAGAAAGAGGGACCUGCAGACUCAGUCACAGAUUGAAAGAAUGCUGAGCUUCACUGCACUCCAGAGGCAUUUUCAAUUGUAUUUGGCAUCAAGCACAGAGCUCUUCUCAGAAAAUCUUCAAGCGCUGGUACUGGAUGGGAACGGCAAGGAAAAGAAAUACCAAGUGAAGCGGUCGGAUUUCUUUACUGGACAUGUUGUGGGUGAGCAUAAUUCCAAAGUUUUGGCACACAUUGGCGAUGGAGAUUUUACAGCGCGAAUAACAACAGACGGAGAGGAAUAUAAUAUUGAGCCCCUAUGGCGGUUUGUGGAGAACACGUCAAGAGAUAACAUGUUGGUUUACCGCUCUGAAGAUAUAAAAGACUUUUCUCGCUUGAAGUCCUCAAAGGUCUGCGGGUACAUUCAGCCUAAGGAAGACCUCUUUAAAAACGAGCAGGACACAGCAGAAGCGCCUGAAGGUGAUGGCUACUUGCACCGAGAGAAAAGGCAGAGAGCUGCGCCAGACCCCAUGAAGAAUACUUGCAAAAUGGUAGUUGUAGCCGACCAUCGGUUCUUCAAGUAUAUGGGUCGUGGAGAGGAGAGUACCACCAUCAACUAUUUGAUAGAGCUGAUUGACAGAGUGGAUGACAUCUACAGAAACACCUCCUGGGAUUCCCAGUGGAAAGGUUAUGGCGUACAGAUAGAACAGAUUAUUGUACACAAGGAGCCAGAGAAUGUGACACAGGGACAGAAGCAUUACAAUAUGGCAAAAUCUUCUCCUAAUCCUGACAAAGAUGCCUGGGAUGUGAAACAGCUGUUGGAGCAAUUCAGCUUUGACAUCUCUGAGAAAGCGGCCCAGGUGUGCUUAGCUCAUCUCUUCACCUAUCAGGACUUCGACAUGGGCACCCUGGGGCUGGCAUAUGUUGGAUCUCACAAGCCAAACACUCACGGAGGCAUUUGUCCCAAAGCCUAUGAAAAUGAUUUAUCCAAGAAAGCAAUCUAUUUAAAUACUGGCCUCACCAGCACAAAGAACUACGGCAAAACCAUUCUUACAAAGGAAGCAGACCUUGUCACUACUCAUGAACUUGGCCAUAACUUUGGAUCAGAGCACGAUCCUGACAGCAUGGCGUCCUGUGCACCCAGCGAAGAUCACGGCGGAAAAUUUGUCAUGUAUCCUAUAGCUGUGAGCGGAGACCAUGAAAACAAUAAGAUGUUCUCGGGCUGCAGCAGAGAGUCCAUCUUGAGAACACUAAUGAGCAAGUCUCCCAUCUGCUUCAAAGAGCGCAACAACAAAGUAUGCGGCAAUUCGCGGGUGGAUGAGGGUGAGGAGUGUGACCCCGGAUUGCUGCACCAGCACAGUGAUUCCUGCUGUACUUCAGACUGCAAGUUUAAAGCAGGAGUGAGCUGCAGUGAUCGGAACAGUCCGUGCUGCAAAGGCUGCCAGUUUGAAACAGCGCAGAAGAAGUGCCAGGAAGCUAUAAAUGCCACUUGCAAGGGAGAGUCCUACUGUACAGGGAGCAGCAGUGAAUGCCCAACCCCUGGCAAUGCAGAAGAUGAAACAGUCUGCGUAGACUUGGGCAAAUGUGUGAAUGGAGAGUGUCGGCCAUUCUGUGAGAUAGAGAAGAAUCUCAAGUCCUGCGCCUGCAAUGACACUGAACAUUCCUGCAAGGUGUGUUGUCGGGGUGAAAACGGGAUCUGCAGCCCCUACGUUGAUAAAAACAAACAGUUCUUGUACUUACGGAAAGGAAAACCUUGUACCGUUGGCUUCUGUGAUAUGAACGGAAAGUGUGAGAAACAAGUGCAAGAUGUGAUUGAGCGCAUAUGGGAUUUCAUUGACAAACUCAGCAUCAACAUGUUCGGAAAGUUCCUGGCAGAUAACAUUGUAGGAUCUGUUGUUGUGUUUUCUUUAGUCUUCUGGAUCCCACUGAGUAUUCUUGUCCACUGUGUGGACAAGAAACUGGACAAACGUUACGAAGAGACUACAAAGUCUUUAUUCACUCCCAGUAAUAUGGAAAUGCUGAGUAGCCUGGACUCUGCUCCGGUGCGCUUUGUUAAGCCGUCCCCUUGUGCCCAGGCAACUUGCCGUUUCCAGGCCCUGCAGACCGUUCCCGUAGUUCCAACCUCUGCCACCACUAAAGCCGAUCACCAGAGAAUGGACACAAUUCAAGAAGACCCCAGCGUCGACUCUCACCUCGAUGACCAAUUUGAAGAGGGCCCUUUCCCUAACAGCGGCUCGCCAGCAAAGUCUUUCGAAGAUCUCACAGACCGGCCAGUGGUGAGGAGCGAGAAGGCCUCAUCCUUUAGACUUCAACGGCAGGGCCGGGUAGACAGCAAGGAAACAGAGUGCUGACAGACUGAGUGACAGUUCUCUAAACUCACAGCGACAAUCAUUUCACUUGAACUUAAAGAAGGCAAAAAUAGGCUACAGAGAAUGGAGCGGGUCUGGAGAACCGUUUAUUUUGAGACCUGCAGCAAAAACCUCUUUAUGAUUAAACACUCCAGGAAGCAGCAUUUUUCUAAGGGCAGAGACAAAUAGCCUCUUCUUCGGGCGACUAAUCUCCCCGAACUGCCUUCCAGCCGGCUUGAAUAUAAAUCGACUUUGGGGCGACUUCAGAAAACGAAGCGCUCCAAGUGCCAUCCCAUCGGCGAUUUCACUUUGUUUUCCGAAGUCGCUCAGAGUGCCAUCCCACCGGCGAUUUCGCUUCGUUUUCCGAAAUCAAUUAGUUUUUCUAAGUCGCCCGUUCGUUUUCCGAACCUAUGGGCAACUUCUGAAAACAAAGCGCUCCGAGUGCCAUCCCGUCGGUGAUUUAGAUUCUAGCCGGUGGGAAGGCAGUUCGGGGAGAUUAGUUGCCCGAAGACUACAGCUUUUUCCUAAGGGCAGAGACAA